AUGCGUUUGAAACUUUUGCUGUUCUGUGCUCUCGUUUGCCUUAUCGUUGUCCUGGCCGAGGGCAGGGAAAGAAGGGCCAGCAGCCGCAGACCUCAGGGACUCAGGCAGCAGAGGAUUACACGGAAUGUGCGGCAGGCCAACAGGCAGUCUGCCAGGACAAGACCCAGCAGCAGCACCCGCAAACUGAGUGCCGUCAAGAAUGCCAAAUCAAAGACCAAAGCAUUAACCACACAGUCCGUGAGGAGUGCAUCUGGAUCUGGAUCUACCACCCUGCCGCUUGACUUUCAACAGAACUUUGUGCGCACCACCAACAAUCUGCGAUGGGAAAAGUCCUUCCUGGCUAGCCGCUAUGGCCAGAGUUUUGCAACGACCACGGGAUCCAGGAUUGCGCUGACUAACACGGCCAACAUGGAGUACACCUGCAAGAUGAACAUUGGCACACCGAAGCAGAUCUUCACCAUCCUGCCCGACACAGGCAGCUCCAACAUUUGGGUGCCUGGACCCAAGUGCACCAGCAGAGCGUGCAAGAUCCACAAGAAAUAUCACCCGGCCAAGUCCAGUACCUACACGAAGGUCGGCACCGCCUUUGCCAUCACCUACGGCUCGGGCAAAGUGACGGGAACGCUGGCCAAGGACACCGUGCGGGUGGCGGGUCUGGCUGUCACGAAUCAGACAUUUGCGAUGACCACCAAGGAGCCGGGCACAGCCUUUGUGGCGUCGAACUUUGAUGGCAUCCUGGGCCUGGGCUUUCGCAGCAUUUCCGUGGACAAUGUGAAGACGCUGGUGCAGAACAUGUGCUCGGAGGGCGUCAUCUCGAACUGCGUCUUCAGCAUCUGCAUGAGGGGCGGUGGUAACUCCAAGCGUGGCGGCGCACUCAUCUUUGGCAGCACCAACACCACAGCUUACACUGGGUCCGAAACCUACACCUACACUCCCGUCACCAAGAAGGGCUACUGGCAGUUCGAUCUGCAGGGCUUCUAUUUGGGCAGCACAAAGGUAAGCGGCAGCACCCAGGCCAUUGUGGACUCGGGCACUUCGCUGAUUGCAGCGCCCACGAGUGCCUUCAACAAGAUCAACAAGAUCCUCGGCUGCACAGUGACCUCCAGCGGCGAGUGUUGGAUGAAGUGUUCCAAGAAGGUGUCGGAUGUCACCUUUGUUAUUGGCGGCAAGAAGUUUGUGAUGGCCGGGAACAAGCUGAAGCUCAAAGUGAGGACUACAAAGGGCAACACCAUUUGCAUCUCGGCGGUGUCUGACAUGGGCACGAGCUUCUGGAUACUGGGCGAUGCCUUCAUCAGGCAGUUCUGCACAGUGUUUGAUGUGACUAGGAGCCGCAUUGGAUUUGCUGCCUCAUCAUGAACA